AUGGCCAUACUGUAUUUGUCGGCCCUGGGACUGGGGAUCCGCAUGGCCCUGAGUAGCCUAUAUGGAGAGCAAUUGAUGCAGAGAAUUGAAAUUGCCACACCAGUGAACUCAUGGGAGCGCAUGCGGGAAGGAUCUUUCCUUCACAAACAUAAACUGUCCCCAUACGAUGGUGAUCUCUUUCAUGGAACUCCUCUCAUGUUGCUUCUGGGGAAUUGGCUUCUUCAGUUUGACACCUUUCUUCUUCCGCUAGUGUUUGCCAUAGUGGACGUCCUAGUGUCCUGGCUCUUCUAUGCGAUUGGCAAGUGCCUUGCCCAAGAGUUGUUGGAACGGGAGCAUCAGAACAAGAAGCAUCAUGAAGACUCUGCUAAGAAUCUAUUGCUAAAUCCCAAUGAUAUAGGAUCAUUACCAUUGAAAUUGGCAGCUUGCUUCAUCUUCAAUCCGUACAUCAUCGCAAACUGUGUGGGUCAGACAACCACUACCUUCUUCAACUUGUAUCUGGCAUUGUGCAUCUUGUGUAUGCUGACAGAGAAGGUAGUGCUAUCCUUAGCUCUUCUGGCCCUAUGCACCUAUGAGUCCUUUUAUUCUAUCUCUCUCAUUGUCCCCAUGUCCAUGUAUCUGGCAAGAAAGAAAUACCCCAAGGACUUCAGUUAUUUGAAGCCCAGUGUUCAACAGUUCCUGAUGAGAAGCCUAUUUGUAUUCAGCAUCUCCCUCACUGCACUUUUCUUCGCAUCAAAGGAGUUAAGUGGGUCAUGGGAUUUCCUGUCAUCCACAUACGGCUUCGUGUGGAACGUCCCCGAUCUCAAGCCCAACAUUGGACUUUUCUGGUACUUCUUCACUGAGAUGUUUGAGCAUUUCCGUGUCCUAUUCGUCUGCACGUUCCAGAUCAAUGCAUUCCUCUAUGUGGUUCCAUUGUCCAUUCGCUUUCACCGUGAUCCAAUUCUUAUUUUUUAUUGCUUGAUGUCCCUGACUGCCCUCUUCAAGUCAUAUCCCAGUGUGGGUGAUGUGGGGUUUUAUCUUUCGUUUCUGCCCAUGUGGAGCCAUCUCUAUCCCUUGAUGCGCCAGCCGCUCGUGAUCGGGUGCUUCUUCCUCGCCACGUCUGUCCUGGCCCCCAUCAUGUGGCACUUGUGGAUCUAUCAGGGGUCAGCCAAUGCCAACUUCUUCUUCGGCAUCACACUGGGCUUUGCCGUCGCCCAGAUUUUCCUCAUCACGGAUAUCCUCUUCGCAUACAUCAAAAGGGAACACCACUUGUGCCAUGGAUCCAAAAAUGAAGUCGAUGGAAAGCCAGCUACACUCUCUUUGAAGUGA